CAUCCUCGCGACACAGCUUAUAGUGCAAUUUGUGUUGUUUGUAUAAAAUACGUGUGACACGCACACCACAGUUUACUUGUUCGGUGACAACACGGUGAUAUCACGGCGACAUCUUCAUCAUGAGGGUGUUUCUGUGCGUCUUAUUGUGCGCUCUAAUAGAACUAAGUAAAGGCGUAUCAACAAAAGUAGAUUUCGAGGAAGACCCUACGUCAGUUAUUUCUGAUACCAGCACGAGCAAAACUGAUGAUGAAGAUGUUGAAGUGAAACAUACAAUAGUAGUGUCUACCAAACUGAAGAACAACAACCGCAGGGGAAUUACCAGCAAUGGAAAUGCAGACGGCACGCUUACCUACAAUAUAGGCCAACCAAACCAAAAUAAAGAUGACAGUGGGGAAGUCCCUGUGAUCAAGAGUUACAAAUCCGUCGAAACCACGCAAAUAAGGACACCAGACACACGAACUAAAAACAAAAUCUAUCCAGAUUCCAUAUUCGUCAGCCGAGACAUUCGCGACGACGCCGAUACAUACCCAAACGUAAUUGCGUAUCCUAUGAAUUGGAAGCCGGCGAAUUUCUAUCACAAUAUCAACAAUUGGAAUCCUGACAAUGGAAGAGACCCGUAUUCUAUGACGAGAAGGAGACCGAAUCCUCCCGGGAAGAUCCACAGGAAGAUGUCCGAUGGAGAAGUUAGGGAGUUCUAUUGCAAGAAAUGUGUAGAAUUGAGUAGUGGGCAAGGAUUUAAGGGUUGCGGAGUACAGCAGAGAUCAGUAAAUUCUUGGCCAUACGAGACGACGACACCGAAGCUAAAGUUAGACGGAAAAUUGGCGAAAUUAAACUAAUGGUGUUGU